AUGAACUAUAUACCAUUUGAUCCCUCUAUCAGCCAAAAAAUAUUAAUUGUGAUAAAAUAUGUCAUCGAGGGAUUUUACUUUAUCAUGAAUCCAUUGAUUCUAUAUGACUUAUUACUACUCCCCCUUUCGCACUUUAUUCGUACAUGGAGUGGGGGGAAAUGGAAUUUUAUUUUUUAUUUCACAAAUGGGCAUGCUAGAUCAUAUAUCUAUAUACGGAUAGAUAGAUCGACCGGUGGAUUCGCACCUGAGAUCUUUUUACAGAUAGUACAGAUAGUGGGGGUAUCCACCCCUAUGGCCAUGUUCUAUUCGGAGGAAUAA